GAUGUAAUCGUGAUUGGAUCCGGUAUGGGCGGGCUAGCUUGUGGCGCCCUGUCAGCUAAAUACGGUGACAAGGUCCUCGUGCUAGAGUCGCACAUUAAAUGCGGAGGAUCGGCUCAUACAUUCUCCCGUAUGCACAACGGUGAAAAAUAUUCCUUCGAAGUGGGUCCUUCAAUUUUUGAAGGACUCGACCGUCCAAGCCUGAAUCCCCUUCGCAUGAUUUUUGAUGUCCUGGAAGAAGAGAUGCCCGUAAAAACUUACACUGGUCUUGGAUACUGGACUCCCACGGGAUAUUGGCGUUUCCCUAUCGGUAGUCAAAGCAAAUUCGAAGAUCUGCUUAUGGAACAAGCGGAAGAUGGCCCCAAGGCUGUUGAGGAAUGGAACAUGUUACGCAAACGCCUCAAGACACUUGGUGGUUCUACAACUGCAGUUUCGUUGUUGAACCUACGUCAAGAUCCUGGUUUUUUAGCGACAACAGCUGGUAGUUUGCCUUUUGUGGCAACGCAUCCUGAUGUGUUUCUCGACUUGUCGCUUACGUUUGAUUCUCUCCACAAGACGGUUGAUAAAAUUGUGACGGUCCCUUUCCUCCGAAACUUUAUCGAUACCAUGUGCAUUUUCUGCGGCUUCCCAGCCAAGGGCGCGAUGACGGCGCACAUGCUUUAUAUCUUAGAGCGCUUCUUUGAAGAGUCAGCUUGCUAUUCUGUUCCGAUUGGAGGUACAUGCGAAAUGGGAAACACAUUGGUACGCGGCUUGGAAAAGUUUGGUGGCAAAAUCCAGUUGAAUGCUCACGUAGACGAAAUUUUGGUCGAAAACGGACGUGCCGUGGGUGUUCGUCUCAAGAACGGAAAUGUUGUUAAAGCAAACAAAGCCGUGGUGAGCAAUGCCACGCCUUUUGAUACCGUGAAGAUGCUUGGAGAAAAACAAGCACUUCCAGAAGGUGUCGCGAAAUGGAAGGAAGAGCUUGGGAAACUCCCACGUCACGGAGCGAUUAUGCAUUUAUUUUUAGCUAUUGAUGCGAAGGAUCUGGACCUUUCGCACAUUCAAGACCCCGCUCAUUUAGUAGUUCAAGACUGGGGACGUUCUUUACAAGACUCGCAGAACUUGUGUAGCUUCUUCAUUCCUAGUUUACUUGACAAGACGUUAUGUCCGGAAGGCAAGCAUGUCAUUCAUGUAUACUCUUCUGGAGGGGAACCGUAUGAGCCGUGGGAAAAGCUCAAGCCAGGGACACAGGAGUACGACGAUUACAAAAACGAACGCGCUAAAGUUUUGUGGGAAGCAGUCGAAAGGUGUAUUCCAGAUGUUCGGGAUCGCUUGGAAUUUUCCAUAGUCGGAUCCCCUCUUGCACAUGAAGCCUUUCUUCGACGUGAUCGAGGUACGUAUGGAAUGGCAUGGGCUGCUGGUACAUCAGCGCCCCAGGCCGGCCUUCUUCAGAAUAUUCUCCCUUUCCCAUUCCCAAACCUUAAGACACCAGUCGAUGGUCUCUUACGAUGCGGCGACUCCUGCUUUCCCGGUAUCGGAACUCCAAGUGCGGCCGCCUCGGGAGCGAUUGCAGCGAACACAAUGAACCCCGUCGGCAAGCAUUUAGAUUUGCUG